UUUUCAUUUUGUUGACAGGUUAAUAUGAGAACAGAUUCAACUUAUUCUCUCUCCAGGUAAAAAGAAUAUUAUUAUUCUUUGUUAUUGUUUUUUCUUUUCUCAAUCAUUGUGUUCGCUUAAUUGUAAACAAUUUAAUCAUCGGUAAUUGACAACAUUAUGUUGGAACAACCAGAGGAUCAAAGUGUCUUCCCAAGUGAAAAUUUUAUUCCAAAUUCUGGUUUCAUGUUAAUCUACUGAAUCAAUUUUUCAAUUCAACGUUUUUAAUUUUGAUUACACAAGUUUUUUUUUCUACUUUUUUCUCUUUGUUAAAUUUGGUGUUUUCUUUCAAUCGGUGUGAAUUUUUUUCUCCUCUAUUAAUAUUACAAUUAGAUGGAUUUUAUAUAUUCUUGUUCGUUAAUUAUUAUCAUGUGUCUUUUACCAUUUUAAAUGAGUAACAAAUUAUUAUUAAUCAAUUACAUUGGAUUGUCAACUUGGAAUCAUGUUAGUUACUGUUAAUCGGAUUCACUUUGGUUUCUCUGAUUGGACAAUCAGUUCAAAUAGAUUGUCUUGCCUUUUUAUCCUUCUAUUAAGUUACAUUUGCUUAAUUUCUCUUGGUGUCAAUGGUCAAAGAGCCGCAAGGCCAAAUGUACAACCAUCUAUUCCACAAUUAUCUCCAUCUUCAUCUUCAUCUUCACCACUUUCUCCUUCUCCUUCUUCUUUCUUCACCAUCAUUAUCAUCAAUUCAACAGACUAAGUGCCCUUAUUCAAGUGAAGAAAUUCUCGGUGUCAUAUUUACAUCUGUUGUUGUUACCAUCGUUGUUAUUGGAUUAACUUUAAUUCUUUUCUGGUUUCUUUGGAAAAAGAAAAUAAUCACUCUAUCAGGCGGUGGUAGCCAUUCAAUUAGAGAUGUUGAUCUCCUCAACGACAAGACCAUUCAGGUUGAUGCUGGUAAACAACAACAACAACAACACCAAACUAAUGGAAAUCUUUCAAAUGAUGAGGAUAAACAGUAUAAAAGGUUGAUAAAAAGUUUACCACCACUUACCAGUGUCUUCAAUCAUCUUUCAAAUCAAUCCAAAGGGCCAAUUAAAUCAUUGGAUGACACCUUCAUCAUGACGAAACCGGAACAAGUUUCUGUUCAAAUGACUGGACAUGAUUUCACUGGACUUGGUUUUAAUAUUUGUGGUAAUAUGAGAGAUGGUAUUUUCAUUAAGGAUGUACUUACCCGAGGACCUGCUAAUGAAUCAGGUUUAAUUAAAGCAGGUGAUCGUAUCAUGAGUAUAACGGUUUCCUGUGAGAAAAUGGUUUACGAAGAUGCCCUGACCAUCCUCAGUUAUGCUUCGCCUUAUGAUGUGACCCUUCAGGUCGAGAAAACGUCCAAAAGCAAAGCGACCACACCUAACGGCUUGACCAGCAAUGGACAUAUUUACAUGCCUCGUCGAUAUGCUAACGGAUUCACUGGUUCUUCUGAUCCAUCUAAUCAUCGGAUUUUACAUCCAGUUUUCCGUAGUCAUUCAGUUGGUGAAUUAACGACUCGUUUAAAUGGCAGUGGUGGAGUUGGAGGAAGUGGUGAUGAUGAUAAACCACCAUCAAGUUUAGAGGAGAAAAGUUUUGGAAGUAUUAAAAGUAUCAACAGUUUAUUGAGGAAAAUAAAAACUUCACUUUAUCGGUCAACCGCAAGCAUAAAAUCCAAUCAAUCGGGAAAGAUGACCACUGAUUACUGUAGCACUAAUGGUUUAAAUGAUGGUUCUGAGGGUGGUUAUCAUCAUUCAUGCUAUUCACUGGAUGCGUCCGGUUUAAUGAAUGGUCAAAUAUCUUCAAGUUCCAGUUACAUUUUACCCUCACCAACAAAUAAUACAAAAUCUGAAGAAAUUGCAAUCAACAUGAGCCCAAAAGAGCCAAUGGUUACUUCAAUUAAACAUUUAUCUUCAUCAAUUCCUAUUGAUGAGAUGGUUAAUAACUUACCACAGGAUAAAAAUGAACCAAUAAAUGAGAAACCAGUAUUUGAUGAGCCGAUGAUAAUGAUACCCCAUGGAUCACCCACCGAUAUUGAUCAACCUAGAAAGUUGAACCAGGGGAAACGUAAAGCUCCCGCUCCUCCAUCACCCUCAUCAUCAGUUUGUUCAAUUGAAAUGAAACCUGGAUCCAUUGAUGGGAGAGAUGUCAUUGAUGAUGGUACUCUGUUGAUUGUCAAAAAUCAUAGAAAUGAACAGAGAUCAACUACUCCAGGAGGAUCUAAGGUUGAAACUCAUGCAGAUAUUCAUCAAGAACAGGGUAGUUCAGAAGAUUUCAAUAUGCUUCAAGGUCAAUCUUUAUCCGACAUCAGUGAGAUCAAAUCCCCGGCCAUUGAUGCUUCAAUGAGUUUGGCAAUCGAAUCAUUAACGAGUGAUGAAUCUAUAACUGAACCUUUAGCAGUUAAUUUGGUUAAAGAAAUUAAAACUGAUGGUCGAACUGGUCGAGCUCCUAGUCCAGCAAAUGGUAAAUCAAGAUCGUGCUCCAUGUCAGAUUUAACCUUGGUCAAGAAUAAGAAGCCAACAUCAACAAUUAUCUUGGAGAGAGCAGUUUCUCUCGAUUUGAGAGAUCAACUUGGACCCGAGGAAAAUAAGAUACUUCAACAAGGAACUUUGGUUGAAGAUAAUGAAGGAUUACUGAGGUGGAGUGAAUCUAAGCCACCAGUAAAUGGACCUGAUAGUCUAUCGACAACAUACUCAUCUGAAAUGCUGGGAUCAAAUAGUAAAACAAACGACUUUACUGACGAUUCAUUGACAAUUACGAUUGACGAAAGUUCAGAUAAACUCAUUGCACCCAAACCAGCAGAAAGAACGAGUCUUAAAAGAAAUAGUCUUUCCAACUCAACUGAUUCUCGAUUAAGAUCAAGCAGUAAAUUUGAAACAACGGACAUGACCAUAAGUGAAGAAGAAAAUAUUGUCGCACCACCCGAUGGAUUUGGUCCAGAUCAUCAACACCAUCAAUCGCAAAUUGCUUCUUCAUCUAAACCAUCAGUAGAAGAUUUCAAAUUAAAAUCUUAUCUCAAUACAAAUUCUCAGAUGGAACCAGAGGAUUUACCUUAUGAUGAUAAUGUAACACAAAAAGUACAACCGAAUAAAUUAACUACAAUCAAUGGGUCAGCAAAAAGUGUUCACCAUGAUAAAAGUACGAUUAAUACUCAUGAGAUGAAACCUCCAACACCGGAAAAACCCUCAACUUUAUCAAGUAAAUACGAGAAACUUUCACCAUCACAGGAGAGAUUAGAUUCAACGAUAUUCGCCGUUCCAACGAAAAUUGAAACAUCUCCAUUAUUUAAAGACGAAAACAAAUCUCCUGUGAACGGAAUAAGCAACCCAAAAGAAGGAGACAAAAGUGAUAACGAUGAUAAUAUUCAUGGGCAAACUGACUCAUCUUCAUCAUCAUCAACAAAUAAUAAUAAAUAUCCCGAUGAACCUGAAGUAAUUGAAAUAAGUCCAAAUGAAUUAAGUCAAGUGAUGAUGUCGCAUGAAGAGUUUCUUGCUCAUAAAAGUAAACUCUCUUAUGGAAAAUUACCCAAAACUAACUGUAACACUAAUCUAAUUAAUAAAUCUGGUUUAAAUGGGAUUGGAGGAAUUGGCCAUAGUAUUGGAUCAAAGGUACCACCAUCAACGAUCAUCCAAAUUGGUGAAACCGGUGACAACGAUUUCGAAUCAUGGAGUUACUUGAGUGAUGUUGAAAGUAAUCUUCCAAGUUUAUCAAAUGAAGCUCGUUACAAGACGACCUGUGAUAUGGGUCAAUUAAAUGAUGGAUCAGCUGAUGAGAUGCUAAUUAAAAAAGUUUAACCGUUAAAAUUGGAUACAAAAUGUUAUUCAGAUUAAAUUGUAUUGCCAAAGAUCGUUUCAACGAGAUUAUCUGGAGAAUGUUGGAUUCAGUCAAUCAAUUAAUGAAUCUCAGGAUUGGAUUAACAUUCAAGUAACAAACUGACCAACAAAUAGCCAUAUACAAAGGAGGCCAAAUUGAUCACCGAGCAUGAAGAUUAAACUUUGAUUAAAUUGAUUGUUGAUUCACCAAAGUAAAAGUGUUAAUUCUUUGAAUUAGAAUAACGUCUACUACGAAGUGAACGCUAACAAUUUGGACUCUACGAAUCUAAUCUUGACCUCCGUCCAUCGCCAUUGAUAUUCACCGUAAUUCCUACUAAGCCAUUAUUUUGUUUUACUUUGUAAUUUUUUUCUAAUCAUCAAAUCUCACUCACCAAUUAACACCUAAGCCAAUUUGUUGUCUGUCAAUCCUUUUUGAUGAUAUGACAAUAAUUAAAUUUGGUUAAAAAAAUUAAUUUAAUUAACAUUAACAUUCCUCAUCGUUAAUCAAUCUAUGUCAAUUAAUUUUACCAGAAAAGAAAACAAUUGAAUUAAUUAUAAUCCCGUCAUUCUUGAAAAUCAACACACGAAAACCUUUUUAAUGUUUGGUAAUCAAGUUAACUACAAAUCUGUUGAAAUUGAAUGACUAUUUUAAUUCAAAUGUUGAUUAAGAUAUUAUUUUCUAAUUAUUAAUAAUCAAUGUAAAUCAAGAAAAUAAAGCAAACUAUUAAUUGUG